GCCGGCUCCGCAGCGCCGCGCAGGCGCCCCAGGGCCGUGCCGAGCCGAGCCCCUCCUGCUGCCUCUAGGAGUCAAAAUGGCGGCGAGGGGAACCUGGAGCAGUCCCGGAGCCUGAGCCACUGACAGGAGCGGAGAGGGAGGCGGCGGCGGCAGUAGGAGGAUGGCCGGGGGUGCUGGCGCCGGUGCGGACGGUGGUGCUGGUGGCAGCGGCGGCGGGGGCGACGGCAGCGGUCCCACCGGCGGCAGCAGCAGCGGCGGGAGGAGCCUCCGUGAAAUGGAUGAAAAGAGGCUGCUGGAUCCAGGGUUGAAGGUUCGCAAAGGUGUCUGGGAUUACGUUCUGAAGACCCAGCCAAUGGAGUGCCUGAGUGACUGAGGAAAAUGGGCGCUAAUGCAUCUAACUAUCCUCACUCAUGUUCCCCGAGGGUAGGGGCGAAUUCACAAGCCCAGCAGACAUUUAUAGGAACAUCAUCCUAUUCUCAGCAAGGCUAUGGGUGUGAAUCAAAAUUGUAUAGCCUUGACCAUGGCCAUGAGAAGCCACAGGACAAAAAAAAGAGAACCUCUGGCCUUGCCACCCUCAAAAAGAAGUUUAUUAAGCGUCGAAAGUCUAACAGGUCUGCUGAUCACUCCAAGCAGAUGCGAGAACUCCUCUCUGGGUGGGAUGUUAGAGAUGUCAAUGCAUUAGUGGAGGAAUAUGAGGGAACUUCAGCCUUAAAGGAGCUGUCUCUACAGGCCAGUUUGGCUAGGCCGGAAGCACGGACAUUGCAGAAAGAUAUGGCCGAUCUUUAUGAGUACAAGUAUUGUACUGAUGUAGACUUAAUAUUUCAAGAAACUUGUUUUCCUGUUCAUCGUGCCAUUUUGGCAGCAAGGUGUCCGUUUUUUAAAACCCUGCUUUCUUCCUCACCCGAGUAUGGAGCAGAGAUAAUAAUGGACAUCAAUACAGCUGGUAUAGAUAUGCCUAUGUUUUCUGCUUUGUUACACUACCUUUAUACAGGAGAGUUUGGAAUGGAGGAUUCAAGGUUUCAAAACGUCGAUAUCCUAGUUCAGCUUAGUGAAGAAUUUGGAACACCAAAUUCCCUUGAUGUAGAUAUGCGUGGGCUCUUUGAUUACAUGUGCUAUUAUGAUGUUGUCCUUAGUUUUUCUUCAGACUCUGAACUGGUUGAAGCUUUUGGUGGCAAUCAGAACUGCUUAGAUGAAGAGCUCAAAGCUCACAAGGCUAUUAUUUCAGCACGUUCUCCAUUUUUUCGGAAUUUAUUACAAAGGAGGAUACGGACUGGUGAAGAAAUCACAGACCGAACUUUGAGGACUCCCACAAGAAUUAUAUUAGAUGAAUCCAUCAUACCAAAAAAAUAUGCGAAAGUUAUAUUACACUGUAUGUAUACUGACGUGGUGGACCUCUCCGUUCUGCACUGUAGCCCCACCGUGGGGAGUCUCAGUGAAGUCCAGGCUCUUGUUGCAGGGAAGCCAAGCAUGACCAGGGCAGAAGAAGCCAUGGAGCUUUACCACAUAGCACUGUUCUUGGAAUUUAAUAUGCUUGCACAAGGCUGUGAGGAUAUCAUUGCUGAGAGCAUCUCAUUAGAUACCUUAAUUGCCAUCCUCAAGUGGAGCUCUCAUCCAUAUGGCUCUAAAUGGGUGUACCGGCAAGCUUUACAUUUCCUCUGUGAGGACUUUUCCCAGGUCAUGACUUCGGAUGUUUUUUAUGAACUCAGCAAAGACCAUCUGCUUACUGCUAUCCAGUCUGACUACCUACAGGCAAGUGAGCAAGAUAUCCUUAAAUAUCUGAUUAAAUGGGGAGAGCAUCAAUUGAUGAGAAGAAUUGCAGACAGAGAGCCAAACUUACUGAGUGGCACCGCUCACAGUGUAAACAAAAGAGGCGUAAAAAGACGGGACCUGGACGCUGAAGAGCUUAGAGAGGUCCUCUCUUCUCUCUUUCCUUUUGUGCGAAUUGAACACAUUUUGCCUGUAAACAGUGAAGUCCUAAGUGAUGCAAUGAAAAGAGGCUUGAUUAGUACUCCUCCAUCAGAUAUGCUUCCUACCACCGAAAGUGGAAAGUCAAAUGCCUGGUUACGGCAAAAAAAUGCUGGUAUAUAUGUUCGCCCUCGACUGUUCUCCCCCUACGUGGAAGAAGCAAAGUCAGUGCUAGACGAGAUGAUGGUGGAACAGACAGACCUUGUGCGUUUGCGAAUGGUUAGAAUGUCCAAUGUGCCAGACACACUGUACAUGGUCAGCAAUGCUAUGCCACAGUGCUGUCACAUGAUCAGCCACCAGCAGAUCAGCAGUAACCAGUCAAGCCCUCCUUCAGUCGUAGCCAAUGAAAUCCCAGUUCCUCGUCUGCUCAUCAUGAAAGACAUGGUCAGGCGUCUGCAGGAACUCCGACACACUGAGCAGGUGCAGAGAGCCUAUGCGCUCAAUUGUGGGGAAGGUGCCACUGUCAGCUAUGAAAUCCAGAUCCGCGUGCUGAGAGAGUUCGGUUUGGCAGAUGCCGCCGCAGAGCUCUUGCAGAACCCUCACAAGUUCUUUCCUGAUGAGCGUUUUGGGGAUGAAAGUCCACUCUUGACAAUGAAGCAGCCCGGGCGGUGUCGGGUUAACAGUACUCCUGCUGCAGAAACCAUGUUUACAGAUCUGGACUCUUUCGUGGCCUUCCAUCCACCCUUGCCCCCUCCUCCACCUCCGUACCACCCCCCAGCUACCCCAAUCCAUAACCAACUCAAAGUGGGUUGGAAACAAAGACCUCCCAGUCAGCAUCCUUCACGGUCUUUCUCUUAUCCCUGCAACCAUUCACUGUUUCACUCCAGAACACCUCCGAAAGCUGUCCCUCCUCCAGUCUAUUUGCCAAGUGUUAAAGCCGCACCCCCUGAUUGCACGAACCCUGCAGGACUGGGGAGGCAGACUGUAGCUGCCGCGGCCGCUGCCGCGUCUGCAGCAAUGGCCUCUGAGAAACAAGUGUAUACACACCCUGUGCUAAAUGACCUAAUGCCAGAUAUUGCCAUGGGUGUGUCCACACUGUCCCUCAAGGACAGGGGGCUUCCAGAACUCGCUGUAGAGACAGAAUUCAGCCAGACAGUUUCCGGAGGAGGCCCGGGGCCUCCCCAGCAUCUGCCGUGCAUGCCGCAGAGGCAUGCACACGCUUCUCAGAAGAAACACACCCUGGAGCGAAAAGUGGAUCCGCGAGAGAGUCAGCAGGAGUGUCCGGAUCUCUACGACUUCUCAAACGCUGCCUGCAGACCUUCCACUCCUGCUCUCGGCAGACGGAGCCCUCCCCCUUCACAAGGUGGCUAUUUGGGUCCCGAUUUGUACAGCCACAGUAAAGCCUCACCGAUGGGCUUAAAGUCAGCCUACCUGGCUAGUCAAGCCUCUCCUGAAAAACAGGAAGAAGCUGGGCGGGAGCACCUGCUUUCCCCCGACGGGCAUCUACCCGGACAGAAGAGUGAGCCGAUCCACCUCGAUGUUGUUGAGCCGCCUCCCCAGCGGCCAGACUUCCCUUUGGCAGCUCCAGAAAAUGCUGGCCACGGUGCAGCCCACGGCAGGGGGCGAGCAGCAGGAGAAACCGACUUGACUUUUGGGCUGACCUCUAACCGACCUUCCCGUCCUUCGUGUAGCUCCGAUGCUCCAGAAGAGAGAUCCACUAGGAGACUGGCAGACAGUGAGUCACUGGGGCCCGGAGCUCAGAGAAACCCGGAUUUGGAAAGAGAGGAAUCAGUUAGCAGAGGAAGGAGGUCACCAAGCAAGCCCGACUUCCUCUACAAAAAGUCUGCCCUCUGAGAGCACCCUCCACGUCGUCUGUGCCUGAGAUGUGAGACGUCCCGCUUAGGAUGCAACCCAGCAGCUACAGGCCAGUGUAGUGAUGCCAGCUGCCAGCCCGGGUUCCCAUGAUCUGCCCUCGUCUCUGUAUGUGUUUAGUAGACAUGGCAUGCCCAGAGGGGUGUUCCCGAUGCUGCGUCUGUCUGUUUUGUGUUUGAACUGUGGUGUGGGGAAGCGUUUUUGAGAGCAAGCAACCUGGCACUUUCUUUCUCUUUACCGAUGACGGCUUUUUUUGCACUUGUACGUUUAUUUUAUCGGUCUUGGUUUUAUAUCAGUAUGCUGAACUUUAUUGCCACAUUUAAAGGACUGUAUUUUCAUACUGUUUAGCAUUUUACCUCUCCCGACUCCCACGUGCAUUGGAUUGCACACUCAGAUGUAUUUUCUUAUGAAAUAGUUCUGGGUUUAUUUUUUAAUUAUAGAAAUUCCAAAGAACAGCACAUCAGAAUCUUCCUCUCUUUUUAGUAAUGAUUUUAGUUCAACAAUCUUCCUGCUCAGUCGCCAGUAAUCUAAUGUCUUUCUCUUUUAAUACGUCUUAGGAGGUAGUCUCCAUUCCUCCACUGGGAGUCCACUCAGGAUCCUGAACUUUGUGGUUCUGUAAAGAUCACGGGAGGAGAACAGCCUUCCGUGCCCCAGCGAAAGCCGCUGCUUAGCUCACAGGCUGGCCUCUGUGCCACAGUUCCUG